AUGGACGCGCCGCCAGUCAAGCUCUCGGAGCUCCUCCGACAUCCAGAUGACCUCGACAAGAUCCCCGCGCUGAAGCUGGAAUUCACGCGCAAGAAAGCUGCCGUCGACUCGCAGCUAAGGGGAGGUUUGAGGGAUCAGUUAGAGAUGACACAGACUGGUAUGAGUGGUAUUACCGAUGGCCAAAAGACGUUACAAGCGAUUAGGGACGAGAUGAUGAAGAUCGACAAGCUUUGCUCCGAGUCGCAGGAUAUGAUUAAAGACUUUACUAGCAUAAAUUUAGUAUCACAGGCCCACAGGAAUUUUGGUGCUGUAGAACUCAUGGUAGAAAAUCUCCAGACAUUUAACGAUCGCCUUAAUAGGGUUGAGAUUCAUUACGAAUUAACGCAGCUACGAAAUAUUCGAGACGAUGCUAUGGAACAGAUACAACGAGCCGACGAUCCGAGCCUACAAUCCACACUAGAAAACUACUUUUCGAGGUUAGACGAUGCAAUAGACUGGUUCGACGAACACGUCGGUCUCAUUGCAUUAAACAUGAUCAACCUCUUGAUAGCCGAUAACAAUAGCCUCGUGGUCCGUCUAGCAAUCAUCGUCGAGGCCGAGGAGAAAAGCGAUCAAAGAGUCGAAGCUCUACAGGAAGCAUUAAAGGACCACAAGGAAAUGGCAACACGAUUCCAAAGUAUUACGGACGGUGCCAAGAAGGUCAGAGGAUAUAAGGAGAAAUUCCUAAAGGCAAUUUCUGUCAAUUGCGAAGGACAAUUUGCUGAAGCUAGGGGCGAGUUCCUGGACGAUCCUACGAAGCUAGACAAAAUAAUGAAGUGGUUUUUCAACGAUCUUAACGCCGUCAAGCAAGGGAUGGUACCCUUGAUGCCCAAGAAGUGGAAAAUACUCAAGACAUUUGGCGAUAUAUACCACCAAUUAAUGCAUGACUUCCUGGUUGGCAUGAUAGACGACCCCGAUUCGAGCUCGGCAAACACUCUCGAGAUCAUCAACUGGCCCGAGAAGUACUACAAGAAGAUGCGGAAACUCGGUUUCUCGGAGAGCGAUCUCAGACCCCACGUGAUCGAUAACCGGGAGCAAGAGUUGGUUAAGGACUUCCGGCAGCUCAUCAUCAAAUUCCUCGACGAGUGGAUCGAGAGGAUUUUCGCGCAGGAGAGGCGCGACUUUGCGGACCGAAACGUGGAGGGCUCGAAUUUGGAUACGGAUGAGUAUGGCUAUUUCCGAACCAAGAAUCUGGUCGACAUGUGGCGCAUGUUACGAGAACAGGUCGACGCGGCUGCGAAUUCGCAGAGAACUGAUGUCGCCGAGGGUGUUAUUGACGCCAUGUUCCUCCGGCUGCGCGGCCGCCAGCAGUCUUUCCAGAAGAUGCUCGAGGAAGAAGCGGCAAUAUUCGAGGCAGACAAGAUGUCCGAGUUAGAGGGUUUCCAGGCAUUGCAAGAUUGGCUCAUUGCGACUGCCAACGACCAGAUGGCGUGCAUCGACGACAACGAAGAAGAGGGCCGGUUUGCUUACCUUUCGAGCUUCAAGCAGAAGUUUGAACCGCUAGUCACGCCGCAAUACAUGGAGCGUGCCGAGAACGAGAUCGCUUCGCUUAGCGAGAGCUACAUCGAUCUGAGUACCUGGUGUCUCAAUAAAUUUGCCCAGCUCGUUAUAUCAGUCGACUUCAAGGCCGUGAUGCCGACAUUCUUCACGCCGCGAUGGUACGAGACGACCGCGAUGAAACAGAUGAUAAUCACAAUCGAAGAGUACAUCGGCGACUACCAACAAGUGCUGCACCACUCCCUCGUCGACGUCUUCAUCCAGAUCCUCGCCGACGAGCUCCUAGCACAGUACCUAAUGAGCGUGCGCAACAAAGGCGCCAAAUUCCGACGAACAGACCCCUUCCAAGACAAGAUCUUCAACGACGUGUCCACGGCCUUCGAGUACUUCCGCUCCCUCCCCAACGCGGACCUGAGCAACGACAUCACGCAGAGCUGGCGCGUAACCGAGGACUUCUUGGGCCUGCUCACCGCCCCGAAGGAGAGCGUGCCGGACGUGUUCCAGGACUUCAAGACCAAGUAUUGGGACCUCCAGAUCACGUGGGUGGAAGCGGUGCUUAGGUCCCGCGACGACUUUGAGAGGGGCAUGUUGAACGCGGUUAAGGCGCGCGCGGCGCAGAUGGAUGUUGUGAGGGGCGCUGAGACUAUUAUGGGUAAGGUCAAGUAA